CCAGACACACAAGCGGCGAAAUGGUUGCCUUACCCAGAGCAAUAGUCUGGAUUCUCCUGCUCUGGACGGAGGUCCUUCAACCAGACACGGUUGAAUCUGCUUACUACCAGAGCCGGCCUCAAUCUACUGCCGUGCUCCAAGGGGAGACCAUCGUACUCAGCUGCGCCUUCGCCGGUCUGCUGAAGGAUGAGGCCGUGAGCGUGUCCCGAGCCUUUAACAGACACAGGGUGGUGGGGAAACCGUCCAGGGGUGAGUUUAACCUGGAGAUACAGGACGUCCAGCGGGAGGACACGGGCGGAUACCGCUGUUCUACACUCUCAGUGGAGGCUGCAAGUGAUGCUGUUCUCACUGUUGUAGUUCCAAUGGAAGGCCCGCCAGAGAUCACAGGAGCGGAGACCUCACUAGAAGCGGGCUCUGAGCUGUACCUCCGCUGUAAGUCGCGAGGGGGCUUCCCUGCACCGAAGCUGGCGUGGUACAAUGGGACGAGAGUGUUGCCUACGUCUGCGUCGAGCGAAGAAAAUUCCUCUGAGCGGCGGAUGAUUGAGUUGUUCAUACCCAGGUUAAGCAAGUGGGACAACGGGGCGAACAUUUCAUGCGUGGCUAACCAGGGAUACCUGAAAAUUGUCAAGCCAAGGACAACGUCUAGAAUACUACGUGUGAACUACCCGCCGACCAUCUCGGUGCCCUCCCCCUCUAUCCACGUGAAGGAGGGCCAGUCUGCCAACCUGACGUGUUAUGUCGACAGCAACCCUCGAGCCGACCUCACCUGGACUAAGAUGGGCGGAGUGUUGCCUAUAGGGAGUAUUCAGAGAGACAAGACUCUACAGAUACCACGAGUGUCGAAACUCGACAGCGGCGUUUAUAAGUGCGAGGCUGAUAACGGCAUGUCUCAGAUCGCUACCGGUGCGGUUACACUGGAAGUGUUCUAUCCUCCGAAAAUCGAUUCCAGCAUGGACUCUAAGGUUACAGUCUUGUUCAAUCAAGACGACUUUUCCCUGAAGUGCCAGGCGGACGGAAACCCCAAACCUCACAUCCGCUGGCGGCGGAAGGAUACAGCACUACGGUGGGAAAACCCUCUCCGCUUCCACCGGAUACGCUAUGACGUAGAGGGGAUCUACCAAUGCAUCGCGACCAAUGACGGCGGAGUACAGUAUGCCACACGGGACGUAGAAAUCGACGUAGUAGGGCAGCCUGACAUACGGGGAGGACAGAGCCUGGUCACGGCUAACAGUGGAAACACCGCCCGUCUGUACUGCGACAUCGUAGCUGACCCGGUGCCGGAAAAGGCCAAAUGGGUUUGGAGAAACAACCAGGGGGUCGAGACCAUACUACUUCCCACGAAUAACGGAAUAAUGAUCAAUGAACACACUACAGAAGAGGGGACUACCAGUAUCGUUACUGUACAGGAGGUGAGAGAAGAAGACGGGGGUGUCUACAUCUGUAAGGCAACCAACAUGUUCGGAAGUGACCAAAAGGAAAUACGUCUCAAUGUUAAAGGUUCCCGGAGUUCUCUCGUGGCCAUCAUCUCCGUGUCUGUAGUAGUGAUUGUCCUGGCAGCGGCGGCGCUGGUGGGAGUCUUGUUUGCCAAAAGGAGGGGCUGGAUAUUCAGAAAUUCCCCGCAAGGACUGGCGCACACGAACACACUACCGCCCUACUCCACGGUAGAGCGGCACCGUCCGGAAGGGGAGGAUGGCGGCGGCGUGUACACCGCUAUUCGCGAGGAAACUUCCACUACAGACACGGUGAUGGUCCAUGUUGAACCACCUCCACCGCCCCCCUCAAAGGACCUGAAGAGCCGGUGGAAGGGCGGCAGGAGCCAGGCAGGUGUGCGGGGCAGCACGGCAGACCACGAGGAGGAAAACGUGCUCAAUGAGAUACAGGCAGACAGCGUGUAA